GUGAAUAGUAGAAGUAAACAAAAACAUAUCGCACGUGCUGUGGAUGCUCAGUGCGCACAGCUACGGUAAAUACUGUUUAUUUAUAGAAUUUUACAAUAAUUGUGCUUUAAAAUCAUGGUCCGUGUGAAGUUUGCACAACUCGUGGAACUGCAGCAGCGACCGGAGCAGAUUCGGAACAUUUGCAUUUUGGCGCACGUCGAUCACGGUAAGACCACGUUGGCAGAUUCGCUGAUCGCGAGUAAUGGCAUUAUUUCACAACGGCUCGCCGGUAAACUGCGCUAUAUGGACAGCCGCCCCGAUGAACAGGAACGGCAGAUCACGAUGAAGAGCAGUAGUAUUGCGCUGCAUUACGAUGGUUAUCUGAUUAAUUUGAUUGAUUCGCCGGGUCAUGUGGAUUUUUCCAGUGAAGUUUCGACGGCGAUUCGGUUGUGCGAUGGGGCUAUCGUCGUGGUUGACGUUGUGGAAGGUGUUUGUCCACAGACGAGGAUAUGUUUGAAACAUGCCUAUAAUGAGAAUCUAAAGACGGUCUUGUUACUGAACAAGAUAGACCGACUGGUGCUGGAGAAGCAGAUGAGCACGGUGGAAGCGUAUAAACAUCUAACGCAGGUACUGGAACAGGUCAAUGCAGUGGUGGGAAACAUUUUUGCUUCCGACGUGUUAGCCAAAGAAGACUUGAGCUCGAAGAACCAGGUUUCGGCUCUGGAAGAUAGUGAUGAUACGUUUAUUUACUACACUCCUGCCAACGGUAAUGUGAUAUUCGGAUCGGCCCUCGAUGGCUGGGGUUUUACGACAAAGACUUUCGCCCAUAUGUAUCAGGACAAAUUGGGAGUUCCAUUGGAUCAGCUCAACGAGGCGCUUUGGGGUGAUUUUUUCUACAGUCCAAAGAAAAAAACUUUUGAGAAGGGAGCAUUAGAAAAAAAACGCAAACCGUUGUUUUCUCAGCUUAUUUUAGACAAUUUAUGGAAUAUUUACGAACUAGUUGAUAAUAGAGACAUGGAAAAACUAAAAUCAAUUUCUGAAAAACUAGGCAUUCCACAGACGGCGCGUGAUUUGAAACAUUCUGACGCUCGUGUCCCAAUCAAAAAUGUACUCGCGCAAUGGCUACCGAUAGAGAAAUCGCUGCUCCAUUUGGUGGUUCAGACCGUUCCGAAUCCCCAGCUGAUACCUGAGUCGAAAGCGGAAAAAUUGCUUUGCUCAAGGAUGGAAGAUUUUAAAGCGUUCCCAGAGCGAACGCAAGCACUAAAGCAGGACGUGAUGAAAUGUGAUGCGGGCAGCCAAACGUUGCUCGUAUUUAUUUCGAAAAUGUUCCCCGUUGAUGGGAAAUCUUUGCCCUCGUGCGCCAUGGAAAAUGGUUUGGCGAAUUUGACGCUAGAUUCGGGGCAACCAAAAGAUGCGAACGAUGAAAUUUUUCUAGCUUUUGCACGGGUGUACAGUGGGACGUUGAAGAAGGGUUCAAAAGUCUUUGUGGUUGGACCGAAACAUGAUCCUAAAAAUCUACUUCUGGAGGGAUUUGAUUUCAGCAAUUCGCCACAUAUCUGUGAGGUUCAGAUAGACAAUCUCUUUAUGCUAAUGGGCCGUCAGUUGGAACUGGUCGAUUCCGUUCCUGCUGGGAAUAUUGUCGGCAUUGCUGGUCUUCAGAAUCAUGUGCUUAAGACCGCCACCCUGAGUAACACCCCGUACUGUCCACCGUUCGUGGACUUGCCACAAAUUGCAACGCCCAUUUUGCGGGUAGCCGUUGAGCCGAAAGACAUACAGGAUAUGCCGAAACUCGUUCGCGGUCUCAAGCUCCUCAAUCAGGCGGACGCAUGUGUUGAAGUUCGAAUCCAGGAGAGUGGGGAACACGUGCUGCUGACUCUAGGUGAAGUUCACCUAGAACGUUGCAUCAAAGAUUUGCAAGAAAGCUACGCCAAAAUCCAGCUGAACGUAUCAAAACCGAUCGUGCCUUUCAAAGAGACAAUCACGAAGUUUGUCCCAACCUCUGAAGAGAACCCGGAAGAGCAGCUGGCUAAGGAGAGAGAGCGUGAAAAAACUGUGACCAUCCACACCGCGAACAGACAGAGUACCAUAAAACUGCUUGCUGUUCCUUUGCCAGCGGAUGCCGUAAAUCUUUUGGAGGAGAGUAAUCCGAUUUUAACAGCUUUGUCAAAAGUUCAGGGAAUGAAAGAACUUUCCUCACAUCUGCGGGAGUCUUUGAGCGAUCUCAAAAAAAAGCUUAGUAAAAUUUUCGCCGAUAGUGAAACGGAAGAGUUUGAUACAACGACGGUGGAGAAAAUCUGGAGCUUUGGUCCGAGAAAAUGUGGAACGAACAUUCUUUUGAAUCAUUCUCCGUUCCAACAUUGUUCAGUUUGGAACGCAGGGACCGUAUCUACCGUCGACGAGGAGAGUGACUUACGAGCGAAAUAUGAAUCAUCUUUCAUCAACGGAUUCCAGUUGGCCAGUUUAGCCGGUCCUUUGUGCGAUGAACCGAUGCAGGGCGUCUGCUUCAUCGUACUAGAAUGGGUGAUUGAUCAACCAUCGCAACAAGACGAGCAAGGUUCGGCGAUUUCUCAUGGUCCACUGUCGGGGCAGAUAAUGUCCAGCGUUAAGGAAGGUUGUAAGAAAGCGUUUCAAAAUCAACCUCAACGGUUGGUGCAUCCGAUGUACAGCUGUAAUAUUACUGUUAGUUCCGAUGUUCUUGGCAAGCUAUACGCUGCGAUCGGGAAGCGUAACGGCCGAAUCGUGUCUGCAGAUCUAAUCGAGGGAAGCGGUCAGUUUGACGUGGGAGCUGUUAUUCCUGUGAUAGAAUCGUUCAACUUUGCUUCGGAGAUACGGAAGCAGACGUCCGGACUGGCGAUGCCACAGCUGGUGUUCAGUCAUUGGGAGGUCGUGGACAUCGAUCCGCAUUGGGUACCCAGUACAGAGGAGGAAUACGAGCAGUACGGUGAUAAGGCUGACUUUACUAACAUCGCUAAAGUCUACAUGGACUCGAUACGAGAGCGGAAAGGAUUACCGGUGGAGCGAAAAACCGUGGAACACGCUGAAAAGCAACGGACGUUAUCAAAAAAUAAAUAGUAAAGCGCUGUUCGAAUGGCUCUUUCCAGUAUUUUUUUCGUUGUUGUCUUAGAUGAAAUACAUUUUUAUUUAUUGAUUUUCGAAUUUGGAAUCUUUUUUCGGCAUAAUAGACUUAUU